CUGCUGAAAACCAGAGAGCCACAAAAACUCUCUCUCUCUCUCUCUCUCUCUCUCUCUCUCUCUCUCUCUCUCUCUCUCUCCAAGAAGCCCCUUUUUUUCUUGGGUCUGAGCUUCUUGGACUAAAAAUUUGAAUUGGGUUUGAUCCGAAAUGUCGAACCAGAACCGUCGUUCAGCGUUCCCCUCAUCCCUGGCGAAACGGCAGGCUUUGUCAUCGUCGUCUUCGGCUUCGGGGAAUGGUGGGAAGGCUGUAGCAGCUGAGCCGCAUUUGGGAAAGAAGCGAGCGCCUCUGAGUAACCUGACGAAUAGGAACAGCGUGCCUAACAAUGGUCUACGGAGCUCAGGAGGAUCAUUGUGCGCUUUGGUGCCAUCCACAAAUAAGAUUGCCAAAGUGAAAAGGGGACCUCCUGCUUGCAUUGGUAACAAAGGCGUGUCAGCGAGUAACCCACCUGCACCCUUCUGUGUUAAACCAAAUCUACCUGUUCUUCCAAAGGUUACAUCUUGCCCGAGAAGGGAUGAAGCUGCUCCAAGCAAUGUCCCUAGCACUUUCGCUAUACCUGGCCCGUGCAGCAUGGAUGUUUCUCCAAGUAAAUCGGAUGGCAACUCAGUUUCUAUGGACGAGACAAUGUCAACGUGCGAUUCUUUUAAGAGUCCGGACAUUGAGUACGUCGACAACAAUGAUGUUCCUGCAAUUGAUUCUAUUAACCGGACGACAUUCAGCAACCUCUACAUUUCAGACAAUGCAGAAACAACAGGGAUUGGCUGCAAAAGAGAAGUACUUGCGGAGUUGGAAAAUGAUAAAGUUGUUGAUCUGGAUAACAAUUUCAUGGAUCCACAGCUUUGUGCAACAUUUGCUUGCGAUAUUUAUAAGCACUUGCGCUCAUCUGAGGUGAAGAAAAGGCCUGCUACAGAUUUCAUGGAGAAAACUCAGAAAGACAUCAAUCCCAGCAUGCGCGCUAUACUAAUUGAUUGGCUUGUGGAGGUGGCUGAAGAAUACAGGCUUGUACCCGAUACAUUAUAUCUGACUGUGAACUAUGUAGAUCGAUAUCUUUCGGGGAAUCCAAUGAAUAGGCAACGAUUACAGUUACUCGGUGUUGCCUGUAUGAUGAUUGCAUCCAAAUAUGAAGAGAUAUGUGCACCGCAGGUGGAAGAAUUUUGUUACAUUACUGACAACACAUAUUUCAAAGACGAGGUUUUGCAAAUGGAAUCCGAUGUUUUGAAUUACUUGAAGUUUGAAAUGACAGCCCCAACAACUAAAUGUUUCUUAAGGCGAUUCUUGCGGGCUGCUCAAGGCGCCAAUGAGGUUACGUCGAUGCAGUUGGAGUGCUUAGCAAACUACAUUGCGGAAUUAUCCCUUCUCGAGUACAGCAUGCUUUGUUAUGCUCCAUCACUUAUAGCUGCUUCUGCGAUUUUCCUGGCCAACUACAUACUUCUUCCUUCGAAGAGACCGUGGAAUGCCACCUUGCAUCAUUACACGCUCUACCAGCCAUCUGAUUUGCGCGACUGCAUCAAUGCUCUUCAUCGCUUGUGUUGCGAUAGCCAGACUUCUAGUUUACCUGCUAUCAGAGAGAAAUACAGUCAGCAUAAGUACAAAUACGUCGCGAAGAUGCACUGCCCGCCAACAAUCCCUUCAAAGUACCAAACUUAAUGGCGCUGGAUCGGAGACCUUUACGUUUCGACUCCAAUGUUCUUGUUGGAUGGGAGGCUUCUGGUGACUUAACUUGUGGUAGCAGCAGCCAGCAGAGCUAGUUUCAAGCCAUGCCAUGUAAAUUUUUCCUUGUUUUUUACUUUAUCUGGGAAUCUUUGAUGUUUUUUACCUUAUCUGGGAAUCUUUGUGCAUGGUAAUUGGUAAUUGGUAAUUGGGAGUCUUAGUUAA